UUUUUUUUUUUUCUUUUUUAUUAUUUUAUUUUUAAAUAUGAAAGUAAUAGAUAAGCUUAACAAAGUAAACAGUAAUAGAGAUCUUUCUUAUUCGUUUGAAUAUUUUCCUCCAAAAACUGAUUUAGGGUUUGGUAACCUUAUAGAUCGCUUGGGACGUAUGGCCCAUUUAGAACCUAAUUUCAUUUCAUGUACGUGGGGGACAGGUGGAUCUAGUCAGAAAUAUAGUUUAGAACUCUGUUCAACUGCACAAAGACAGUAUGGUUUAGAUACAAUGAUGCAUUUAACCUGUACGAAUAUGGGAAAGGACAAGAUAGAUAGUGCUCUAAAAGCAGCUCAAGAGGCAGGUAUUCGUAACAUUUUGGCUCUUCGAGGGGAUCCACCUCGAGGACAUGAAUACUGGACACCGACUGAUACUGACUUUUCACAUGCUAUUGACCUUGUACGUUAUAUCCGUCAAUGGUAUGGAGAUUACUUUUGUAUUGGUGUCGCUGGCUAUCCAGAGGGACAUAUUGAUUGUCCUAAUCAAGAUCAAGAAAUGAAUUAUUUAAAAGCAAAGAUAGAGGCAGGGGCAGAUUUUGUGAUGACACAAUUGUUUUAUGAUACAGAUAUCUUUAUUAAUUGGCUACACACAUGUCGUGAAAUAGGUAUUCAGGUACCUAUUAUACCAGGUAUUAUGCCUAUCCCUACUUAUCAAAGCUUUCGUCGAAUGAUUCAUCUUUGUAAUAUAAAAGUACCAAAGAAGAUGAUGAUGGAUCUAGACGCUAUUAAAAGUGAUGAUGAAAAGGUAAAAGAAUAUGGUGUUCAACUUGCAGUGUCUAUGAUUCAACGUUUGUACAAGGAAGAAGGCAUUUGUCAUUUUCAUAUUUCCACACUUAAUCUAGAAAGAUCUACACGACUCAUUUUAGAGGCUUUACAAAUACAUAAACCUAAGGAGAAAGAGUAUUCUAAUAGAAUACUCUCUCCCUGGACAGUUGUUCAUGAUCCUACAAGAGCAGAAUUAUGGGAUGAAUUUCCUAAUGGUAGAUAUGGUGAUUCACGUUCACCAGCUUAUGGUGAACAUACAUUUAGUGGAAGUCAAAUACUACCUACAUCACAAGCUAUAUCAAAAUGGGGACAGCCAGAAAGUAUACAAGAUUUGACAGAGUUAUUUGUAAAAUAUAUUAAAGGAGAGAUUCAUUCUUUACCUUGGUGUGAAGAAAGUCUUCAAACAGAAAGUGAAACGAUUCGACAACGGUUAAUAGAAAUGAAUCAACGUGGUUACUGGACAGUGAGUUCACAACCAGCAGUAAAUGGAGUGUCUAGUGAAGAUCCUAUUUAUGGCUGGGGACCUAAAGGAGGUUAUGUCUAUCAAAAGGCUUUUAUUGAAUUCUUUGUUUCUGACCAACAUAUUGAUUCCAUUUUAAAUCGUAUUUCCAAAGAUAAAUCGAUUAGUUAUUAUGCAAUUAAUCAAAAGGAUGAUUUUCGUACCAAUAUAUCUGAUCCUGAUGCACAAAACACCGUCACUUGGGGUGUUUUCCCGUGUAAAGAAAUUAUUCAGUCUACCAUCAUUGAAAGAUUAAGUUUCCAAGCUUGGAAGGAUGAAGCCUUUGAAUUAUGGACAGAGUGGGAAGAAGAAUAUCCAACUCAUAGUAAAAGUCAAAAGCUUUUAAAAGAAGUGAAAGAAACAUACUGGCUUGUAAAUGUUGUUCAUCAUGAUUUUCAUAAGCCUGAUUUCUUAUUUAAUCUUAUAUUAUCUUAAAAUACGCGUACAAAAUAAAAUAUUAUUUUUCAUUUCCCUCCAAUUACAUAAUCAAUAGAUGUAUAAAACUAAU